GCUACCGCCCAUUCACCGUCUAUGCAGGCACCAGCUGGCGGCGGCAUCUUUCAGCUCAAGCUCCUGGAAGGCACAGGCUGGCUAGGGGGCCGGGAGCCCAGGGCACACCGCGGGACUCCAGCCCCAGCCUAUCCCCGACUUCUAGACGCUCUCGGCUUUAUGAGGUUCGGUUACCGCCGAGUCCUCCAUUAACACCUCCUCUGAUAUUUAGAGGCUGCAAGGGCUGGACGCAGCCUCAGAGCGUGUCUGCGGCGCCGGUCCACGUCGUACCCUCUGCCCUGCCCUCCCUCCUCCUCCGUCCGAUUCGAAAGCAUAAACAGAAAAUAAAAGACAGGUGGAGGGAGCUGAAGGUCAGAGAGGGACCUUUGUGGAGACUCCCGGACUGGCCCGAACCUCUGGCUGCCACCUCCUGCCUUUUAGCGCCGAGCACCAGAUUCUUGGGGGAAAACAUCUGACAUCUAGACACCAAGUACAACCGCCGUGAACAGCGUGAUCAACUCCAUUUGCUCUAAGAAUGCUGAACGGCACCACUCUAGAGGCAGCCAUGCUCUUCCACGGGAUCUCCGGAGGCCACAUCCAAGGCAUCAUGGAAGAGAUGGAGCGCAGAUCCAAGACCGAGGCCCGCUUGGCCAAAGGCGCUCAGCUCAACGGUCGCGACGCGGGGAUGCCUCCGCUGAGCCCGGAGAAGCCCGCUCUGUGCGCGGGGUGCGGAGGCAAGAUCUCGGAUAGGUACUACUUGCUGGCCGUGGACAAGCAGUGGCACCUGAGGUGCCUGAAGUGCUGUGAAUGUAAGCUGGCGCUGGAGUCUGAGCUCACCUGCUUCGCCAAGGACGGUAGCAUUUACUGCAAGGAGGAUUACUACAGAAGGUUCUCUGUGCAGAGAUGUGCCCGCUGCCACCUUGGCAUUUCUGCCUCCGAGAUGGUCAUGCGCGCCCGAGACUCUGUCUAUCACCUGAGCUGCUUCACCUGCUCCACCUGCAACAAGACUCUGACCACGGGCGACCAUUUUGGCAUGAAGGACAGCCUGGUGUACUGCCGCGCCCACUUCGAGACCCUCUUGCAAGGAGAGUAUCCCCCGCAGCUGAGCUACACCGAGCUGGCGGCCAAGAGCGGCAGCUUGGCUCUUCCUUACUUCAACGGCACCGGCACCGUGCAGAAAGGGCGACCGCGGAAGCGGAAGAGCCCGGCGCUGGGAGUGGACAUCGUCAAUUACAACUCAGGUUGUAAUGAGAAUGAGGCAGACCACUUGGACCGGGACCAGCAGCCUUAUCCACCCUCACAGAAGACCAAGCGCAUGCGAACCUCUUUCAAGCACCAUCAGCUCCGCACCAUGAAAUCCUACUUUGCCAUCAACCACAACCCAGAUGCCAAGGAUCUCAAGCAACUUGCUCAGAAAACAGGCCUGACCAAAAGAGUUUUGCAGGUUUGGUUCCAAAACGCACGAGCCAAAUUCAGAAGGAACCUUUUGCGGCAGGAGAAUGGGGGUGUUGAUAAAGCCGAUGGCGCGUCGCUUCCGGCCCCGCCCUCAGCAGACAGCGGAGCUCUCACUCCACCCGGCACUGCGACCACUUUAACAGACCUGACCAAUCCCACUAUCACUGUAGUGACAUCUGUGACCUCUAACCUGGACAGCCACGAAUCCGGAAGCCCCUCACAAACUACCUUAACGAACCUUUUCUAACAUUGGUUAAUUUUUUUUAAACUUUUCCUCUUCUUUUUUAUUAUUCUAAUUAUUAUUAUUUUAUUAUUUACAAGACUUUUUUUUUUCCCUUCUAACCCAUAAACUAUUUGGGGAAUAAACAAGCUUGGUGUGUAGCAUCUGCAGCCACUUGGCAAAUGAGUUUACAGCAUUGUCUCCUUUAAGUAAACAUAGUUUGUCUACAAAAGUGUAUUUGGAUUUUUUUUCUUUAAUUAGGUUUCUUAGUCCGCGACUGGAGGUUUUGAAUCAUUCUAAUAAGUGCCUCUUAAAAUUGUAUGUUACUUAUUUCCAGAAUCUCGAAGAAAAAAAAGUUGUAUUAUAAGCAACUAGUCAUAUUCCCGCUUAAGUGAUUAGAACAAUUAACCAGAUAAUUAGUUAUUUUUAAAUCUUUUAACUGUAUGUAUGAUUAUGGAACUUUGAAAGGCCCACAUUUUAAAAAUUUUAAGCCUGAGAAAAAUUUACUGCGCAUUCCUAAUUUCUUACUUGAACUAUUAGUUCGAAUGAAGACUGUGAUUUAACAAAGACAAUAAUAGUAAUUUUAAAUAGUCAUGAUUAACUAGAUGGGAAAUCUAUUCCAGAAAUGUGACUUUUCCUUUUCUUAAGGAUUAUGUAGUAAUUUCCUUUUCAACAUUUAAAAAAUUAAACUCCUUAUGUAUCCAUGAAAAUUCCAAUUAGAAUUUACAGUUCUAUACUUUGAUCUGCAAAAGCUAAAAAAGAAAACAAAAACCACCUAACAACAAAAUCUUAAAUGCUCUGAAAUUCUUUUUUCCACCUUAUUUUUUUUCCUAGGGAAAAUGGAAAUAAGCAAAAUAUAAUUUUUUAAGAAGUCAAAAAAAUUUGGUAUGCUUUAAUUAAUAACUAUUAAUUGGCUUCAGCUGUACCAUAAUAUUGUCUCUGACAUGCUAUCUGAAUAAUUUUUUAAAAACUUAGUAAAGUAACACAAACAAUGAUAAUUCUUCGGCUGUGUUUUGCUUUAUUUUAUUUUUGGCAUAUGUUGGUUUAUAUAUUAUAUAUAAACUUUUCUGACAUUAGAGAAUUGAAAUGAGUCUUAAAGUAGAUAAACUCAGAAGCCUUGUGGAUGCUGAUCUGAAUAUAUUUCCUAGUUUACAGUAGCAUUUUUUUCCUUUUAAUUUAAGGUAAACUCUUAAUGGUCUGGGCAGUGGUGAAUGUUCAUCUAUAUGCUUCUGUUGUAGUUAAAUACCAAUUAGAUCGUGGAUUUCCUAAAGAAAAAAUAAAAUAAAAAAGAAGUCAAGAUAUAUGUCUUGCUUUAGUGGAUUGUUAAGAAUAACUUUGCACAUAUUCUACACUUUUUUGGACUCCUUAAAUCUCCUCUGGUGGUCUAGAUGGCUAUUUAAUAGGUUUUAAAAGUAUCCUCUGGCUGUAUAAAUGUGUGGUUACAUAUUGACAGUUCACUGCCCACAUUAAAGUGCAUUAUUGUAACUUUUGCUCAGGGUCUUUAGAAAAUUAGCACAGAAAGUAGCUUAUUUUUAAAAAAAAGAUGAUGGAAGAUAAGUUAACACUGUAACAGAAGAAAGGUGUGAUUGCCAUUAUAUAUUUAGCAAGUGUGGUUAUCAUCUUAUAUGGAGCUUAAAUCUUGACUUUUCAUAUUUCUAUUACAUUUUGGGCAUUUACCACUAACCAGACCAAACAACCUUGAUAAGGCUGAGAUCUUAUUAAUACACUUUUACAGGUAAAAUACUGAUACUUAUAAAUUUUGUUCUUUGACAGAACAAUAUAUGGUACUAUAGAUCUACUUUAUUAAGUAGACUAAUUAUAACUCAGUUCUCCUAUGUGCCUUAUGAUAUAACUUGGAAGUAAGUUUGUGAAAAUCAGGAUUAUAUGUGUUGUUUGUUAAAUUAACUGUUUUAAACCCUUUUGACACCUCACUAGUUUUGUACUGUUUUACCUCUUAUUUCUGAAACUCUUUUUAUGGUGUAUCCUGUUAGAGGGGACAAAACAUGUCAUAGAAAGCAGUUGUGCACUCUUUCAAAUAUAGUUGAUAAAUUCAAUAAUCUUAUAUAUUGAGCUUCGUGUUUAUAGUACAGUAAGUGGUCUAGCAAAAUUGUCCAUGUUUCUUUGUUUAUUGAUAAAUGCAUUGUAUAGAAACUAUUUCCCCUAAAUAUUUAUGGACCAAACAAUUGUGAUAUAUCCUAUUAAAUUUGUGUGAAUAAACCAUUUUGAAUCUAAGGACUUUUAUUUUCCAUCAGUUUUAUUUAAAUUUUACUGAUUGUAGUGUCUUUUUGCUAUCUAUAUGUAAAAGAUAUUAAAAUGAUAGUAUAAUUUUUUAAUGUUCAAACAUACAAUAGUUUUAGAUUUCCAGACUUCGGAUUCAUAUGAACUGCACACACCAUUGCAUAUGCAGUGCCAUCCCAUCUUGAAUUACCUUUAAAUAUAUUUGUUUAUAACAAAAGUAAUGCCCCACCAACUUGACUCACUCCAAUUUUCAGAAUAAAAAAUAAAUUUAGCAGAUAAAGUAAUUGCAUGAAAAGAAAUCAUAAAUAUGAUUAAGAGUUAUGUUAGGUCUAUUUAGCAGAAAUGAAUAUUUGUAAGUCUAAAUAGAAAUUGCAGACCCCUAAAAGCCAAGUUGCUCUGUAGUUAAUAAAUUGUCACUAUGA